AUGAAGAAGGAAGAUAUUGCUAAUGUGAAACCAUACGGAUUUGAUAAUAACGGGAAAUGGAUUCCAAUAGAAUUAUCAGAAUGUUUGAGAUUUAACAGAUAUAAGGAAGGAAAUUUCUUUAAACCUCACAUGGAUUCUCACUUUGUCAGAAAUGACAAUGAGAGAAGCAUAUUUACCAUUCUUAUUUAUUUAGAUGAUUCUCCUUACGGUACUACCUUUUGGAAAAAGAUUCCAGACGAAACAAAUGAGGAACUUGCCAGCACCAAAAUGAAUUUCAAGAAAUUAUUAACAGUUCAACCAAAAGCUGGAUCCAUAGCAAUAUUUAAUCAUGAUAUUUAUCACUCUGGAGAUUUUGUAAAUGAAGGGUACAAAUAUGUUGUCAGAACUGAAAUGAUUUUCAAGAGAAUAGAUCCAGAAAGUGUAUAUAGACAAGAUUAUAGAGAAACAGCAGAAUUUCAAAAAGUGAAACAAUUAGUGGACGAAAGCAAUCAAUUAGAGAAGGAAGGAAAUUUAAAGCUUUCCACCCAAAAAUAUAUUCAAGCCCAUGAAUUACAAACUACAAAAGCCAACAGUAUCCAAAAGGUUAACAUUUCUAACAGGAUUGGGCAAUUACCAGAAGAAAUGUUCCUUCUCAUAUUUUCAUUUAUGAAAACAGAGGAAAUUUCAAACUCUUUCAUCAAACUUGAUAGAAACCUGAACUCUAUCACAAGACACUCAAAGGUUUGGAAGGAAAGAUAUUGUCAAAAGUGGUCAGACAAACCCAAAGUCCCUCUCAACAAAGCAAAUGGAUUUAAACGAGAUUAUUACUAUCAAAUGGAUGAUGACGAAAUAGUUGAAGAAGGAACAAUCUACUCAAUGGAAAAUGCAAUCACCAUUCAACAUGAACAAACACUGGGAGAUUGGUAUCAUGCCUUUGCAAUGAGAUCUAAUCAAGAAAAAUUUAUGGAAGUUGUAUUGCUAGAUUUUGUUGGAGGCAAUUAUAGAUAUGGACUUUCAAGCCAAUCAUUGUUUUACGUUUCGCCUGCCUCUUGUGGAAUACCGAAUCAUCCUCAUUUCUCUCUUGUGGGUUAUGAUUAUCAGAGUAUCCUUUGUGGUGAUAGGUAUUUUGUAUCUGCUUUCCAGUGUGAUGAUCUUCCACUAAUGGAAAGGAAUGGGCAAAUAUUAGACAUGCGUAAUUUUAAAGAAAUGAUUACACAGCUUUACAGAGAUGAUCUGAAAAAGAGUAUGGCUACUCCUCUAUUGAUUUCCAUUCCAGUUGUGUGGACAGAUAAACAAUUAUCAGUAGUUAGUACUGAACUGAUUAACAUGGGAUUGGAUGUAAUAUUUAUUGAUGAGGCAAAACUCAGGUCAUUUUACUAUCAGAAACCGAAUUGUUUAAUCAUAAAAUUGACAGAAAAUGGAAUUUAUUUCAUUCCAGUUAAGGAAAAUGAGAUGGUUAGAAAAUAUUAUCAUUUAAAAGAUAUGAAAAAUCAAACCAGCUACCCAUACCCAUCAAUUCUAAAAAUCGCUUUCAUUCCAUCUGUUGACAUAAUUGACGAAACAGUCUUGAAUGUUGAACCAAUAGAUAUUGGAACACAUUAUAACCCAAAGAUAGUUGGGAAAGAAGAAAGAGUCAAAUUAGGAACAGAAAUAUUAUUACAGGUAACAAAUGCAAUAGAAGAAUAUAAGAAUUGUAUAGAAAAUUGGAAAAGCAGAAAUGUGACUGAUAAUAUAAUAGUUGUUGGAGAGUUUGCUCAUUUGGAAAAUAUGAAAUCCGUAGUUAUUGGCCUACUCAGCAAAAAUUUUCCAAAUAGUUCCAUUACGUAUCAAGAAAAUCACUUAGACAAGACGGUCAAAAUUAUUAACGAAAACAGUAGAAAGAUGGGAUAUAGAGGAGGUUCUUUUGAUGUUGUGGGUGGAGCAAAGAUAAUUUGCAGUUUGAGUAACUUUAGGGAGGAUUAUUAUGAAAAACGUUCUAAAAAGAAAGAAAAGCGAUGCACAAUUGCCUAAAAUUUAAACAUGAAUGACAGAGUCUACAUUUUUAUCAUGUUUCUCGGUUGGAAUGAUGAAUUUAGUCUCUUCACUAUCGAUUAAUUGUUUCUCAAUUAAUUGGUGUUUGUAGUUAUCUGAGAGUUGGAAGUUUUCGUCUAUAAAUUGGCAUGAAAAACAAAUUCCAACAAGAUUAGUUUCAAAUUCAGUCCUACUUUUCAAUUCAUCCAUUUUAUGGAAGAAGCUAUCAUAAUAACCCUUUCCUCUUCCUAAUCUUCUAUUUGAAUAAUCAAAUGCAAGUCCUGGAACUACCACUAAUAAUUUACUAUCUCCAUUCAAAGAAUUCAACAAAUCUUUUCUAUGAGAUAAGCUUUCAAUUGGAGGUUCCAAUAAUUUAUAUUUGGCAUUGUGAAUUUUAAAUGUUGAAAAAUCCAAUUCAUCCUUUAAAGAAACCAUCUUCAUAACAUCUCCCAUUACAAUCGGAAUAAACAAUUGUUUUUCUU